UACUCAGGCCUACCCCAUAUCAUUAUCUUAUCACAAAAAUCUCCAAAGCAUUGACUCCUGCCUCUAUAUGAGUGUAAUCUUUCUCUUCUUUCUUGGUUUUUCUCAUCUGGAGGAAAUGGCUUGCAUGUCCCUGGCCUAAUAUAUCCAGAUAAUCAAAUGAUUUAGUCAACUCAACAUUGAGAAAUCAGUCACACUAAAAUGUGGAACAAAUUCUAGCUGACAGGCUGACAAGAAAAUGCGACAACCUGCCCACUACCUUAUAUCAACUUCAAACUUGAAUCCCUUUCCUAACCCUUCCCCUUAUAUAAACCAGACCCCUUCUACCUUUUCUUCCACCCAAACUUCUCUUCACUCUAUCUGCAAUGGAACACCGAGUUGAAAGGCAGCAGAAAGGUGUUUCAUCCAACAAACAUGGCAAGUUCAAGGAGAGAAUUGCAGACAAUAUUAGCAGAAGCAAGUUUGUUGGGGUAAGGCAGAGGCCUUCGGGCAAGUGGGUAGCAGAGAUCAAAGACACAACACAGAAGAUAAGAAUGUGGCUGGGGACGUUUGAAACAGCGGAAGAAGCUGCCAGAGCUUAUGAUGAAGCUGCAUGUCUUCUCCGGGGUUCGAAUACACGAACCAAUUUCGCAACUCCUGUUCCUAGCAACUCUCAUCUGUCUUCGAAGAUUAGAAACCUCCUCAAUCACAAAAAGAGUUUAAGGCAAGGAACUUCUGCAAUCAACUCGAAGAAAACCAAGAUUAAAGCAAACACUAUAAUUAGUAGUAAUAGCAGCAGUAGCAGUAAUGCUAGUAGUAAUGACAGUUUUCUAUCCAACAGUGGCAAUGAUAGCUUUCUAGUAUGCAAUUCCAUGAAACAAGACACCCAGAUCUUUGAUGGUGCAUACAGGCCAGAUAUGAGCUAUCGCAUUGGGGAACUUGAACCAGCCACGUCGCAGUUUGGUCAGUCCUGGCCAAUCUCAACUGCGUUUGAUCAGAUUCCUUUAAACCAACAGGAAGUGCAGUUGCCACAAACUCUUGGUCCUCUGUCUAAUGCAAUUGAUCCAGAGCCACUGGAAUUCGAACGCUUGAAGGUAGAAAGACAGAUAGCAGCAUCUCUAUAUGCAAUGAAUGGAGUUGAUGAGUACCUCGAGAAUGCGUUUGACCUUGGUGAUGCUCUCUGGGAUCUUCCCACACAUAGCCAGUUGUUCUGCCCAAGCUGAUUCUCCCUUUCUACCAUGGAAUUUGAAGCACAUGAAGGCAGCUAGAAGACUUCGGCAGGCGGCAGCUAUGUUGCUAACUGAUGAGAAAAAUUGAGAUUGUCUGUUUCGAGUGUCGCUAGGAGGAAAUUCUAUUAGGUGAGGCAGGAACAACAAUUUUUCACUUUUGGAUGCAAAUUACUACUUAUUUCAGUUGUGCUCCGCAAAUCUUGUUUCUCUUACUCUUUAAGUCCAGAAUAAAUGCUGGUAAAUCUCCGAGUAUCAAUAUUUCCUAGACUGAAUUGUCAAAGGGGAGAGAUAUUUGCUAGGUUCG